UAAAAUUAAGUUCAUUAAACAUUUCAAUGAAAUGAUUAAAUCUUUACCAAGGCAUAACACUUGUUUGCACCCUGCAAGUUGUAUGCAUUAUGUUACACAGGGAUGGUUCAAAAUGUUCUCCUUGGGUGUAUGCUUUCAAUUGGGACUCCGAAUUUUCAUGCGCAUAGGAACAAUCGCUAGAAGGCCCAAAGAAAUUUCAAAUAUAAUACUCAACAAAUCAUCAUAUUCUUUAGCAAUGUUUCUUGGUGGAUUUACCGGUAUUUUUAGAUUAUCAUCUUGUGUUUUGAGGUGGAUCUCAGGGAAAGAUAGGCCAGAGCAUGCUUUACCUGCAGGUAUUUUAGCAGGAUUAGCAUUUGGUAAAUACCGAAGUAAUAACAUUGCAUUAUACGUCAUGUGGAAAAAUGCUUCAUAUUUCCUAUAA